AAAAUUCUCGGCAGCCCACAAAAAAGCCUCGCGAAAACUAAUUUGCUCAUGGACACGUGAAUACGUUCCUUGGGGUUUAGCCGUUGAUUUAGGUAUCAUUCGGUCUUGUCGUGUUUAAACCUAGGGUUUAGGUUUUCUCAGGAUGACGGAGUUUUUGAAAACAAUAAAUAUAGGCUUCGUGCGAUAUGCGGCGUUGUCUAAUAAGAGCAUUUAGGUCUUGGGCUGUUUAUACGGCAGUGUCCUGGCUUUUGCUUCAUCAUUUAUGUUUUGUCUCUUAUCAUAAAUCCUAAGCAAUUAAGGGAAAGCAUAGUUCAAUUAGCAGUACACGAACAGAACCCAACAUCCUAUUUCCAGGCGGUAUCUCAAAUAUUCUCUCUCUAACACACUCCAAAACUAAUUAAAGAAAGAACAGAACUGCCGCAUCACCUUUUACGUCCUACGGCUGGUAGUUUGUAGAACUGGUGAAGAAAUACGCCUUUUUCAACGGUUCAUGUUCAGUUAACAAAUGAGAUUAUCGGAAAUUUAUGGAUACGUACCAACAAAGUGGUUAAGCGUCAUAGCAAUUGUUUCCUUUACCAUUUGCGAAGUCAUUAAUCUUUUGGAAAUUAUAAAACAUCAAAGCCGUGCUUCAAUUGCUGCUUUUAUUGGAACCAUUGGUGAGAUAAUUUCCUGGAUCGUCCGACUUUACUCCUCCUCUUUUAGCAGUAACGAUACAGGAUUCGUUCCAGAGAUCAUACAAAGUGUUUUGAUCAUGGAUUUUCCUGUUUUCUACACUGCGCAAAUGUGUACUGCACUAAAACAUUUAGUUACGCAAUAUGGAGCCGAAAUAGGUAACCUCGGCCAAAAACUGUAUGGACUCGCCUACAUUACUAGCGAUGUCAUUUCCUUAUUUAUACAAUUUGUAAAAGUUGAUACUACUGUUAAAGAAAACGAGGACGGUAAGAAGGAGCGUGCUGGCUCUGACAUUAUACUGCUUGGUAUUUGUCUACAACUUGCAACCGUGCUCGCUUUCGCUGUUUGCAGCCUCGAAUACUGGUACCAUCACCACCACAAUAAACUAUGCAAUAAUCCGGGCUACGAGUUCAGUUAAUUUUUAAGAAUCAGGAAUCUUUAAGACAGUUUUAUUCUUUGAAUGACAUCACUUGGCUGUUUGACUUCUUCCAAAUUUACAAAAAG